UGCAAAUAAUGCAUUUUUUUUUUUUUUAGAAUUUGAAAUAUGGAAAUCUGAACUUGAAACAAAUAGUAACAGUUCAAUACAUUGUAACUUCUGGGGAAAAGCUUGAUAAAAAUGGUGGUAAAACCACAUAUUAUCAAUGCAAUAGAAGUGGUUUUUAUAAAUGCAUGUCCUCGGGAAAGCGACAAAUUCAAAGUAGUGGAACUAGAAAAAUUGAAAAAAAUUGUACAGCAACAAUUAAAGUUUUUAAGAAGUUAAAUGGAAUAGUGACAGCUCGCGUUUGUUAUUCUCACUAUGGACAUCGAAAUAAAGUUCAACAUAUUUUUCUAACAUCCACUCAAAAAAAAGUAAUUGCAGGAAAACUGCAUAUAGGUAUAAGCAAAGCAAGAAUCUUAGAUGAGAUAAGGGAUGAAAUGGGUUGUUUUUAUUCAAGAUUACAUUUAACUCAGCGCAAAGAUUUAAAUAAUCUUGAAAAAGCUUUCAAUAUUAGUUCAGUACAACUUCAUGCUAAUGACCAAGACAGUGUUAGAUUGUGGCUAAAGGAGUGGGAAUUAAAGGGAAACAAUCCAGUAUUAUAUUACAAAUUGCAGGGAGAAGCAGAUCCAUCUAAUACAUUUAAACAUGAAGAUUUUGUAGUAAUAAUCCAAACAGAGCACCAAAAAAAAAUGAUACAACAGUUCGGAAAACAUGGUGUAUGUAUUGAUUCUACUCAUGGCACAAAUGCAUAUGAUUUCCUUCUCACUACAAUAUUAGUUAUUCAUGAAUUAGGCAAAGGGCAACCUGCUGGAUGGUGUAUAGCUAAUAGUGAUUCAUUUUCUUUUCUCAAAUUAUUUUUUUUAAAACUUAAAGAGAGUUUUGGUGAUGUCUGUCCAAUUUGGACAAUGAGUGAUAUGGCUUCUCAAUAUUAUGAAGCAUUUUGUGCUGCAUAUUCAUGUUUUCCUCUUAAAUUUUGGUGUACUUGGCAUGUUGAUAAAGCAUGGAGAAUUGAACUACAUAAAAAAAUACAAAACCUUGAAAUUGAAGCAGAUAUAUAUAAAAGGCUCAGAUUUAUUUUACAACUAGAUGAUCGAAAACUAUUGAUGAUUACUUGCAAUCAUUCAUUAGAUAUUUGCAAUCUUUAGUUUUGACACAAAUGUUUGCAGAAUAUUUUGAAAAAUUUUGGGCAUGUAAGAAACAAAUAUGGGCAUUCAGUUAUCGUAUGGGACAUGGAAUAAAUACCUAUAUGUAUUUAGAGUCAUUUCAUAAUGUGUUUAAAUACAGCUACUUAAAUGGAAAGCAUAAUAGAAGAGUUGAUAAUUGCUUGUUCAGUUUACUUAAGUAUUACAGAGACAAAGUCUAUGAAAGAUUGAUAAAACUGACUAAAGGGAAAAAUAGCUAUAAAUUAAAUAUGAUACAUUCAAGGCAUAUUGCCAGUUUGCAAUUACCAGAAUGUUAUACUUCAGUGGAAAAAGAUAAAUGGGUUGUAGAAUCAGAAACAAAUGGUUAUAAAUACCAAAUCGCAAAACAUCAGGAUUUAUGUAAUCUAAGUGAGUGCCUAACAAAGUGCCCAAAAUGCAGAGUAUGUUCACAUUUAUAUAGUUGCAAUUGUAUGGAUUUUUUCACUAAAAAUGUGCCAUGCAAACACAUUCAUUUAGUACAUCGUGUUAAAAGUCAGAACUUGCCAACAAAUAUUAAACAGAUUAUUUUACCAUCAGCGUCUUUUGAAUCAAACUGCAAAUUUAUCAAAAGUUGUGACCCUUUCGAUAUAGAUAUUUAAAAAAAAAAUAUAACAAAAAAUUUGAUUGACGUAAUUAGUUUAGUAUCCUCAAGCUCAGUGUCAGACGAGGAUGCUUUGCAGGCUUUGAAUAAAAAUCUUUCAUUGGCUAAAAAUUCUUUUUUAAAUUUAAAAACCAUUAAACUUGAAGAAUUCCAUUUAAAAUUUAAUGCGCCAUCCAACAAAAAAAUUUUAAAGCAACCAAAAUUUUAUUCAACAAAAAAAAGAGACAAAUAUCCAAUGUUAGACUUGCUAAACCUUCUGCUGAUGAAAUUAAACAACUUUUUGAUUUCUCCUUGUGGACUACCACAGAAAAAGAACAAUGUUCAUUUAGUGUGGGAAGUAGUGUGAAUGAAAUAACCAUGACAACUAUUUUGACGCCUG